AUGGAGCCCAACGCCAGAGUGCACCGGCGGUCGGCUCAGGGGCCCUCUGAGGCCUCUCCCCCCUGGGCGACCUCUCCUUCAGAGGCCUCAGCGCCCGGCCGGCCUCCGGUUUCUUCCGAGUCGCCCUCAGAUUCUGCGUGCGUGUCUCUGCCGCAGCUCCGCGAGCUACUACGCUGCAUCCGCACCUCGAAGGCCGCGGCGCAGCAAGCGGCGGGUGAGGCGCUUCUCAAGAACGGCCGCAGGCUGGCGGAGAUCAGACGCCACCUCGCAGGGGAUCACGCAGAGGUCGCUCGCCUGCGGCAGGUGUAUCGCGCGCUCUCGACACAGAUCCUCGGCGCGGACGGCGAGGCCCUCCACGCCGCCGUAGAGCCACGCGCUGGCAAGGAGACAGCUGAAGCGAGGCGGAGUUUCCCCGAGAGAUGCGAACCCCGCGACGGCGCGGCGAAGGGUCAGGGCCGCCCAGCCGCUUCCAGCGCACCGUGGGAGGAGGUCGCCGGGCGGCCCGAAGAGCAAUGCGCGGCGGCGGAGCCAGGCGUCGCAGGUCAGGCGAGCGCUUCGGCGGACAGCCCCAGGACGCCAGCGCCGCAGAUCCAGAGCUUCGUGGAGACCGUGAAGCGCCGACUGGAGAAGGAGCGCGACCUCGAGGGACGCAUUGAGGCGCUGGCGGAGGCCCGCGAGGCGCUGGACGGCCUCCUCACCCGGCAGAGGCUCCUCGACGCAUGCCGCGCGCUUCUCCCGGAAGACGCCGCGGCUCCAAUCGCCAUUGCGCGGGGUCCGCCGCGAGGCGGGCGGCUGCGAGAGGCAGCCGCAUGCCUGCGCCAGUUUGCCGAGCUCUGGCGAGCGGAUCACGCGAGCCCUUCGACGUCUGCGGAGCUCUGGGCUCGCUUCGCGGCGCUGCGCAGUCCGCAGUCCACCGCGGUGCCUCCUGCGUCUCUCCCUGGAGCCCAGAGGGCCGAGGCGACCCCCGACAGCGACGACGUGCUGCUCGACUUGGAGGUUGGUCAGCUGCGGCUCGCGGCGGCGCUUCGCGACGGGCUCCUGGCGUCGCUGGACGGCGCGUUUUCUGACUGCGUGCGCCUCAGCUCCCGGGCCUUGCACCUGGGCUGCCAGCGGCACCCCGCGGAGCCGGAGACAACUCUCGCGGGCGCGAGUGCAGACGCCGCCAAGGGGCCGUCGGCCGAGGCGAAGGCGAGGCUGCAGGAGGUCUGGACUGCGUUCGAGUCCCUCGGCGUCCUCGAGGAGCGCGUCGGCACUUUCGGCCGGAAGUUGCAACGCGAGCUUCUGACGCCUCUCAUUGAGGUGCUGGAGGGCGGAUGCGGCGACAGGGAAGGAGACGCGGCCAGGGGCUCUGUCUGCGGAGUUCUUCGGCUGGAGUGUGGCGUCGAGGGCAGCGCGUGCCGCGACGCCGCAGCGUCGCCUGCUCGCGUCUCAGAAACCGCCGUGUCCUCCUCUGGGGGUCGCGCGGAGAAGAAGGAGGAAAGCAGGGCUCCCGCGCUCUGCCUCACGUGGCAAUGGGUUUGUUGCUCUUCGUCUGCUGCGGCGGGUGCCGCCUUGUCGUGUGGGUCGUCGCGGCCUGUCGCGGGGUCGCCUGGCGCGGCGUGGACGCCGUCAGCUGGACCUGCGCUCGCGCCUUCGCCGUCGUCCGCCGCGGUUUCCUCGGCGUUCUCUGCUCGCGAGUUUUCGUGUGCGAGGCGCUUCGACCGGCUCCGCUUUGCAUGCGAGGCGAUGGAGAGUCUCGUCGCAGUUGUUGCCUCCCACGUGCUGCUGAGUCACCCCUCGCUCCUCGCGCGCUUCGCGGCGGCCGCCUUCCCGCGGGCGUUUAUGGAGCGGCUUCUCGCGAACUUCCUUCCAUACGCGGCUCUGCGGGCGGACCCCGCGGCUGAGUCUCUGAGCGGCAAUGAGAGAAGUGCAGAGAGCCCGCCGACGCGCAAAGGCGAGGAAGCGCGGGGGGAGGCGGAGGCGGAGGCGAAGGCGGAGGAUCGCAGCGAAGGCGCUGAAAGCGACCGGAUUGUGGAGACGUGCGUUGAAGCGGCUCUGGCGUGUGUAGAUAGCGACCGCGAAAAGGCGGAACGGGCGAAUGGCAGAACGGAUGGAGGCGUCUUUGAGAGCUGGCUGGGACUGGAGAGUUCCAAGCGCAGGCAGGCGGAGACGCUCGCUUCAGUAAUGACACGUGGCGCGAAGCGAAACGUGCAGGUGAACUCCGGGAACCUCUCCCAGCGCACGGGGGACUCCAUGCCCUCCGUGGAGGACGUCUGCCUGUCGGCCGCUCUCCUUUUUCGCCUGCAUCACAGCCUCUCGCAGGCGCUUCUCCCUCACGCGUCUGCUUUGCAUGCGCCCGACUCUGCGUGUUUUCCGGCGUAUUUUGCUGCGGAGUUCUGCGAGACGGCGCGCGUGCGCGUGGAGAGUCUGCUUCUGAACGCUCGCGUGGAGCUCCUGCGCAGAGCGCGCGCCGCCUGGCUUCUCUUCCCCCCCGUGGAGAGCGGCCCCGAAGCGCUCCUGCGGGGCUUGCUACUUUCUCAGUCUCGAUACCACCCGCGAUACCGCUCCGACCGGGAGUUGAAACCGAGCAAGGCAGGCGCUGAGGCAGAGGCGCCGGAAGAAGGAAAGGGGGGCGGAGGCGAUGGCUGGCCGCCACUGUUCGUCGCAGUCUCUGAUGCGACUGAGCUCUGGGGCUUCCGGGCCCUGGUUCCGGCACUUCGCCAUUGCCUCUCCUCUUGGCGCCCGCCCGAGGAGGGCGCGCUGCGUUACGAGGUCGCAGUGCUCAGCCGAGCCGUGUGCGGCAAUCUGCCUGAAGGCGUGAUGGGCCUCGCGCCUUUCCGCGUAGCCGCAGGGACGCACUUCGUGGUAUCGCGGCUCCUCGCGUCGCUCCGCGCCGCCGCCGAGAGUCUCCGCGCGGAGCGCGACCUGCCCGCCUCUCGCCAAGGAUCCUCGACCGAGGUUUGCGACGGCGUGCGUUGCCAGACGAGGGAGAGAGACUCAGAGGCGAGUUGCAGCUGGGGAGAGCGACAGAGCGGCGGCGCAGACGACGGAGACGCCGGCAGAGCGACCGCCUCCGCAGCGCGAGUCCGCGCAGAGGACAAGCCAAUGUUGGACGUCGACCUGGAGGCAAGCGACUGCUGGCGUGGCCGUCCGCAGUGGCUGACUCGAGUGCAUGCACGACGGCGAGCGGACGCGUUGGCUUGGGAGGCCGUGGGGCUGCGCGAGGCAGCCCGCCAGCGCCUCGUGGAAAUCCGGGACUUGGCGCUGCUCUUUGUCACUUUGAGAUGUGCUGACCCUGCGCGGCAUGCGGUGGGUCUCGACCCGCUAGCAUGCGCGGCUCUCUACGUCGACUGCGAGUACUUUGUGCAGCAUCUGCUGCGUCUGCCGCUCUCGUUUUCGCUGUUUUUCUCGGCUGCCGGCGGCGCCUCUUUUGCUGCGUCUUCCAGUUUGCAUGCGCCCUCAGAGCGGAGAGGGGGCGAGGGCUCGAGCGAGGCAGCGUACAGCCCGUCUGUUCUGGCGGCUCUGAAGGAGCUUUUCCGCUUCAGCCUCGCGCGCGCGCCGUUCUCCGCGGAUGGCGCUCCUCUUUCUGCACCGCCGACUCUCCGCGCGGCUUCCACAUCGUCUGGCUCGCAUUCAGCUGCCUCAGCGGCGACUCGCGGAGAAACCCCGACGCCCCUCGAGGGGCUCGCCGCUCUCUCUGAGAAAUCGCCGGGGGGCAGGUGCGGCGACCUCCUUCCUGUGUUUCUAGUCGAGACGCUGGGGUCGAUAAAGCAAAUCCAGGAGAGCGCCUAUCUGGGCAUGCUGCGCCGCGAGCAAGAGAUCUACAAGCUCGCCGCGUCUCGCAUCUUCUCGGCUUCUCGCGCGUCGCUCGCGCGCGACGGGUGUGGAGAAGAGCGAGCGAGUGGUUUAGAAGGCUGCAGAGGCGAGGCUGAAGCGGGUUUCGACGGACGCGUUUUUGCCGACUUUCACCUCGCUCACGCCGAAGCCGUUCUCACUGAGGCUACUCGCCACCUGCGCCAGACCGCCCAGCAGUGGCUGGGCAUUCUGCCUCAGCAGGUGUACGUCGAGUCGGUAGCACUGCUCUCAGACGCGUGCAUGCAGGCCUUUUUCUCUGCUUUUUCGCGGCUUCUUCUUCCUCUUUCUUCGGCAUUUUCUUCCUCGUCUUUCGGCACGUCGCUCCCUGCCACUUCGCCGCAGGAGCGCACGCGCGCCGUCGCGUAUCUCAUUUCCUUUUUGUUGACUGAACUGCGUGCGGUCUUCGCGCUCCAUAUGGACUCGCCGCGGGUGUCUCCGUCUGAGGCCUCUCCGCUUCUGGAGACAGUCGACGCGUCGCUGGAGGCGCCUUGCACUGCGCGCAUCGAGCGCUUUGUCGAAUUUUUCGCGAUUCUCGAGGCGAUGAAGGUCGUUCUUGAGACCGAAGAAGAGCUGCUGCUGCAGCAGGUCUGGCCGCACUACGGACAAAUUCUCAGGCAAAAAGUUGACGAAAAAACGAUCGACCGGAUCCUCUCCACCAGCCUCUGUCUGCUCACCCUCGCAGACACGCGCUGCGCGAGCGACGCCAUGCGACAGCACGCCAGCGACAUCGCCAGGCUUCUCCUGCAGACAUAA